AUGGUAAGUAAGUCUGGCACUGAUGUGUUUCAUGUUACUUGUAAUGAAAAUUGUAAAUGGAGAUUAAGGGGGAAGAAGAAGGCACUUUGUGACAUGUUUGAGGUUACUGUGUUUCAUAACGAACACACAUGUAACUUGGAUUCUAGACAUUUUGAUCACUGUCAAGAAGCAACGUGGGUUAUUGGUCACAUUAUUAAGAACAAGUCCACAUCAGAUGGAUCAAAAUACAAGGCAAAAGACAUACAGAGGGAUAUGUUUGAUGAAUAUGGCAUCAAGAUGAGUUAUGAAAAAGCUUGGAGGUGUAGAGAAAAGGCAUUUAUGUACAAGAGUGGUACUCCAACAGAAUCUUAUACGAAGUUAUAUGGUUUCUUCUACAUGCUAGAACAGAAGAACCUGGGUACUAUUACUGACAUUGUCAGCGAGGAUGACCGGUUCAAGUACUGUUUCUGGUCACUCGAUGCUUGUAGGAGGGGAUUUAAGUUUUGUCAUCCUGUGAUUAGUAUUGAUGGAACAUUCUUGAAGAUAAAGUAUGGAGGAACACUUGAGAAUCGUGACUCUUGGAAGUAUUUCUUGCAAAAGUUAAAGGAAUCCAUUGGUGAGGUUGAAAAUCUUAUGUUCAUAUCGAAUAGGCAUCAAAGCAUUGAACAUGCUAUUGAGGUUGUUUUCCCAGAAGCAUGCCACUGUGCAUGCUUCAAGCAUAUUACUAUGAAUGUCGUUCACACGUUGAAGACUGAUAUAUGCAACCAGCUGAUAUGGCUUGUAGCUUACGCAUGGAACAAGACAGAAUGUGAUAGACAUUUUGAGGUGCUGAAACAGAUGGACCCUACCAUUGCUACAUACGUCGAGCAAAUAGGGUUUGAAAAGUAG